AUGGACAGUUAUAUUGAAGAAUUGUAUGAAGAUGAACAGGAAUUAACACAGAAAGAGAUAAUUCAACAAAUGUAUGAAGAAAUUUCUAAUUCUAAUGAAGUAAAUAAUGACAUUAGCGUUGAAGAAGAUAAAGACAGAACAUGGUCAGUUGAAUCCACCAAGUUUCUUAUAGCAUUGCGUGUCUCGUAUAGUGCUCAAUUUUUAUCAGCAAAAAAAAAAGGUAAAAAAUCCAAACUCUGGGAGCUAAUUUCAAAUGAAAUGGCUGAAAAGGGCUAUUCGUUUUCGCCUAAAGUUUGUGAUGAGAAAUGGCGUAGACUAAGUGCUCAACAUAGAAAAUAUUAUGAUUUAUCAAAAAAAUCAGGUAACAAUGCAGUUAAAUGGCAGUAUUAUAAGUUGAUGGAUGAAGCAAUCAUACCUUUAGGAAAAAAACAGUCGAUAUCUCCUCCAAAAGAAUUACUGAAUGAGUCAUCUCAUCCAUCUUACAGUGAGCCUUGUAGUUCUACUUCUACAUCGAAAACAAAGAAAUCAAACAUCAUUCUUAAUCCACCACCACAUAUUACAACACCUACACCAUCACAAACAGCAAUAUCACCAACAUUGCAACCAAAUAAUUCUUGUUCUGCAUUUAAAGCCAAGACACCAUCAUGGUUUGAAAAAUACGAAAAUAUGAAAAAAGAUCAAAUCAGUAAACAAAGUAUUGAACUGAACAAAAGACUUGAUAAAUUGGAGACAAGAGAAAAUGAAAUGUUAGAAGUUCAAAAGCAACUUGUUGACAAAUUAAACACAGCUAAUGAUAUUGAAAUUCAAAAGUUGGACAUGUUCAAAAAAAUGUUUAAGAUUGAUUGA